AUGACUAAUCUCGUUGAGCGCUUCCCUCACCCAACCUUCACGCCAUCACGUCCUGUCAUCAAGGCCAAGGACGCCGAUUCGCUAAUUCGGAGCGGCCUUUUACUUGCGUGCCCGGGAACUCGCAUCUACUUUAUAACGGCAGCCAUUCUCGAGACCCUGACAUGCUUCUCUCACGAUGCAAGCCACCCGCUCCAUCGUAACAUGCAUCGUCAGUACGACCCAUACCUGAUUGACGGCGAAGGGAGGCCCGCCAUGAUCCGUCGCGCAGCGACGGGAUACUGGUGGUCCAGGCUGUCCCUUCGCCUGCUGUCCCUCGUGUUCAACAUGGCCGCCGUCGGAUUUUCAGUCUUUUACCUUACGAACUGGACUAUAGGCCCUCUUCUCAUGAUGGGACCUCCGGCUAUUCUCGCUUUUCUCUGGAACUGCGUCGAUUUUCUCUGUCUUUGCGUCGUCAAUGAUCGUCAAGGCGUCCAUCCCAUCGCUUGCAUCAUCGUCGACGGCCUGCUGUUCCUCGGGUUGGGAGCCAUGUCUGGCGUGAUCGCCUUUACCCUGUCAAAGCUCGAUGACUCGGGCUACUACUUUGCUUUUUUCCAAGACGAGGCAGGCGAGGAAUAUCUUCGCAUUGUCCUGGGCUUCGGAAUCCUGGCAACGUAA